AUUGUCAAUUGUAUAAUCGACUUUCGACGAAUUCCAAAUAACAGUAGUGCGUAAAAAUUCAAUUCGUCGCAAUCUUAGCAGGUGUGCGUAUGUAAAAUGUACGACUUUCACUUCAUACAAAGAAAAGGCGAAGUGGGGACGGAAUGAAGCACAGUAACGGACUUCGGAAUAAGGCAAACUAAAAGUAGAAUCAGAAAAACGGAAACAGACCGAUCGUACGGGCCGUAGUAUCUAUCGUCUUCCUCUCGUUCUUUCUCAAUUAAAAUAAUCUACAUUAUUUGUAUUUCGAUGAAAAACGAUACAUCGGAAUAAAGACACUCGCAUAUCUAGUGUUACACUUUGUGACGAAUUUGCUUUUCGUUCUGCAAAUUGAAAGUAUUACUCUGCGGUCACCGAAAUGGCAAGACACGCUCCCUGGACGACCAUGAUCUUUGCGACAAUAAUCGUUGCCUGUUUACUUGGAUUAAUCGUUGAAACCGCGGCGACGAUAGCUCAACCAAAGGCACCUAAUUUCCAGUAUUUUGAACGGCCUAAAUAUCGCUACCCAUACUAUGAUGAAAAUGGCAGGGGAAAAUUACUCUAUGGUUAUGGAGGACCAGAUCUGUAUCAAUACAAAACUUUCAGCGCCCUUGAGGGAAUUCAUUAAGAUAAAGAAUAUUAAAUUACGCUAUUAAGACAUCUAGUUAAUAAUCAUUCUAUGAGUUGUGAUUAUUAUCAUAUAGGGUGAUCGUUUGUGAAAUGACAUAUAGUACAUACACGAUUUUGCUUCGGAUUACAAGAAAACGAUUAUAUAUAUUCCAUGUUGCACAAUAAUAACAUACAAUAUGUAACUUUCAAUACUUUGCAUUAUAUCCUUACAUCUUUUCUUGUUAUCAGAAACACAUCGAGUCACGCUAUGGAAUUAAGGAACAUUACAAGAUCAUUUAUUCUCCCAAUCAUAACCAAUUGUAUUUUUAAAUGCAAUCAAUCGAUAUGCUUAAUUAUGUUGUAAACAUGUAAACAUUAUGUUUCUUCGCCGCGGGUUAUGAAUCUUUUUGUUCGACAAUACGAGUUCGCGAAAGUAGAAACGAGUCUAUGUAUUUAUCUCAAAAGACAAAUUACUUCGUUAGUCAGAUGAAUGAAAAAAUGUGUUAGACAUUAGAAUAUUAUGAUAAAUCGAUGCAGAAAUUACUACAAAUACAAUUACGAGUAAUACCAUUAAAAUUGAUAGUCUAUGAAAAAUUUGUGGAAUGUGCAUAGCAUUUCUAGAGCCUAUGAAGUGUCCAAUAUAAUCACCGUGAAGACGAAAAACGGUUAGAUUCUAGCGCCUAGAAAUCGGGUAUCGUACAUCAGAAAGACAGAAAAAUUUGCAAAGGUUAAAAAACGCAGUCAUUUUAAAUCUUAGUUAAACGCGUUUAGUUAGACGCAGAAAAUGUUCGUUCCGUGACAAGUGCACAUACAAGUUUACAAAUGUGCAAGCAUAGUCGAGUGUAUAGCGAGAUAUUAUUGAUAAA